GGGGGUCGGCGGGCAGGCCGGGGGCGAGCGGCAGCCUCGCCCCGCCGGGGGCCCGGCGGGCACCGACGCUGCGCCGGCCGGGGGAUGAAGAUGAGACGCCAUAAGCUCUUUCUGACUCUCUGCAUGGCUGGUCUCUGCCUCAUCUCCUUCUUGCAUUUCCUCAAGGCCCUUUCCUAUGUCACCUUCCCCCGGGAGCUGGCUUCGCUUAGUCCCAACCUUGUCUCCAGCUUCUUCUGGAACAAUGCCCCCGUCACACCUCAGGUCAGCCCUGAGCCAGGGGGUGCCGAGCUCCUCCGCACGCCCCUGUACUCCCACUCCCCUUUGCUCCAGCCCCUGCCUCCCAGCAGAGCUAGCGAAGACCUGCACAAAGUCGAGUUCGUGCUGCCGGAAGACACGACAGAAUAUUUUGUCCGUACCAAAGCCGGCGGUGUUUGCUUUAAACCAGGCACCAGGGUGUUGGAGAAGCCACCCGUGGCAGGGCGGCUGGAGGAGCGAGCGGAUGGCACGGCCUCGGGGCGGCCGGCCCGCAAGCCGCUGAGCGCCCUCGGGACCAAACGGCGCAAGUGGGUGGAGUGCGUGUGCUUGCCGGGCUGGCACGGCCCCAGCUGCGGGGUCCCCACUGUGGUCCAGUACUCCAACCUGCCCACCAAGGACCGCCUCGUGCCGCGGGAGGUCCCUCGGCGGGUCAUCAACGCUAUCAAUGUCAACCACGAGUUUGACCUGCUGGAUGUCCGCUUCCACGAGCUGGGAGACGUGGUGGAUGCCUUCGUGGUGUGCGAGUCAAACUUCACGGCCUAUGGCGAGCCCCGGCCCCUCAAGUUCCGUGAGAUGCUCCUCAAUGGCUCUUUCGACUACAUCCGCCACAAGGUGCUCUACGUCUUCCUGGAUCACUUUCCCCCAGGUGGCCGCCAGGACGGCUGGAUUGCUGACGAUUACCUGCGCACCUUUCUCACCCGGGAUGGCAUCUCUCGCCUCCGCAACAUGCGCCCGGAUGAUGUCUUCAUCAUUGAUGAUGCUGAUGAGAUCCCAGCCCGUGAUGGCGUGCUCUUCCUCAAGCUCUACGAUGGCUGGACGGAGCCCUUCGCCUUUCACAUGCGCAAGUCACUCUACGGUUUCUUCUGGAAGCAACCAGGCACCUUGGAGGUGGUCUCAGGCUGCACCAUGGGGAUGCUCCAGGCUGUCUAUGCUACUGAUGGGAUCCGUCUGCGGCGCCGUGAGUACUACACCAUGCCUGGCUUUCGGCAGUAUGAGAACAGUACAGGACACAUCCUGGUGCAGUGGUCACUGGGCAGCCCCCUCCACUUUGCUGGCUGGCACUGCUCCUGGUGUUUCACCCCAGAGGGGAUCUACUUCAAACUGGUGUCAGCCCAGAACGGGGACUUCCCCCGCUGGGGUGACUAUGAGGAUAAACGAGACCUCAAUUAUAUCCGGGAGCUGAUCCGGACUGGUGGCUGGUUUGAUGGUACUACGCAGGAGUACCCACCCGCUGACCCCAAGGAGCAGAUGUAUGCUCCCAAGUACCUGCUCAAGAACUACCAGCGGUUCCGCUACUUGUUGGAGAACCCCUACCAAAAAGUGGAGGGUGCUGGGUGAGGCCACUGGGGCUUGCGUGGGAAAUCAGAACUUCACAUCAAAGGGAAAGAGGCAGGUGUUUCAUCUGUUCCUUUUUUUUGUUGUUUGUUUGUUUUCUUUGGUUCUGGGUAGGAUGUGCCAUUUCUCUGGGGUCUCUGCCCUUCUUUCUCCUCUUCUCUUCAUCCCAGGGUGGUGCCUGUGGACACGACUUUUUCAAUCAAGUGAAGGGAGGCCUGGGCCAGAGGAGAAGAGACAUAGGGAACCUACCCUGGGAGUAGCAUAAAGAUUUCCCUGCAUCUCCCAGACCUCUCCUGCUGGCUGGAGACAAUCUCUGCAGCCAGCUGGCGGGUUUUCCUCCAGGGGAGGCUGGGAGUGUCCCAUGGGGAGAGAGGGCAGCUGUUCCCAUCCACCCUUAUCCUUUGUGGGUCGGAGCAAGCACAGAUGCGAGCCUCGGCUGUUCAGUGAGCGUGUGAGUCAGCAGGCACAAACCGAGGCGGGUGGUCACGUGUGCAGAUGUGUGUCACAGGCAUUUUUUGGAUGAGUGAAUGUGCAAAAGCAUCUCAGUAUGCAUUUAUUUUUUGUAUACCUCUGUUUUCAAAGAGUGUUUUGGGGAAGGGAAAUCUUUUGCUUCCAAGAUGUUCCCCCCAAGAUGCAGCCUCCUCCCGCAGGCUCAGGGCAUCUGUCCUGGUCUGUAUCUUGCCCUGAUGCUCUACCAAUCCUGGAGCAGGCAGGUGGGAAGCAGAGGAGAAAGCUGAUUUUUAGUUGUGUUUUUUUUACCUCCUUUUUCACCCCUGCCCCCACAACACUGCACUGGCUUGGCUCACAGAAGCUGAACCGUUUUUCCUGCAGAAUGUGCUUCUUUUGGGGCUGGGAUAAGCUGCAGGGGACUUAAUCAGGUGGUGGGAGUGUAUGUUUACAAGUGCAUGGUUUCCUAUGUGCAUGAGUGCUAACAUGCAUGGUUUUGAUGCACGUGGGUGUUUGUUGCCAGUACUGGGGAGGAAGGGGACAUAGUUGGGCUUGGGUGUGUGUGCUUGCAGGAAAUGGUGGGAUCUAGAAACUGUGAUUUCUGUCUUGGCAUGGAUGACAUUUUUGGGGAAUUCAUAGGAUAGGGCCAGGGAGAGCAUUAGCUCUGCGUAGCAGUGCUACACAUGUGGGACUGUUGCCUGCCUCUCUGGCUGCCUCUGCAACCCUGCAGGUUGUGCCUGUUGCAGGGCUGCUGCAUACAUGUGCUGGCUAUUCCUUUUUGACGUGGGGUAAAAGGAAGAGGACUGGUGGUGUGGGGAAACACAAAGCCUGUCAAAAUACAGGAGCCAUUUUCCUGCUCUUAAAGUGAGAUAGAGCUCGUAGGGAAAGGGGCUGUGGGAAGACUGUGGCUGUUCUGGGAUGGUUAUGCAACACGUAGAGCAUGUGCAGCCUGGGCCAUGCAGACAAGACCACACAGAAGAGGGGAUCUUGCAGGACACUGGUUGCAGCUGGUUGGGCCAGGGUCUGCUCGGAGUUUGACAGUAAUGGGUAGUCAGGGUCUGCCCUGUCGUUGGGUUGGAUUGAUUAAUCUCAUUGAGAAGGCAGAUCCAGGUCUCCACCCUUACCACCCUUCCUUAGCAGAUGGCUUGACGGGGUGCCCAGAGCCAGGGCUGUAGUGAGCAAAGGGUAAAAAACAUGAACUUGCUCAGUUAGCCUUGCAGUGGAAAGACCGGCUCACAUUCCAAGCAAAGAAAUGAGGAUAAUGUGGAUGAGGAAGAGGAAAAUACAGGCAUAAGGAAGAGUGCCCCUGACAUCAGGCUAGCUGGGCUGGAAUGGGAGAAUUUCCAUUGCCGUUAACUCACUCCAUCAGGGCUUCAUAUUCCUGUGUUGUCCAGCCCAUUCCCACCCUCGGGCUUCACUCCUAUCUGUAUAUGUCUCUUUGUCCUUUCUAUUCCUCUCUCUGGAGAAGUGAGAAACUUUAAGAAAAACAUAUUUGCCUAAUAAGACUGAGGCUGGAACAGAAUGAAGAUUAGUAUCUUUGAUCAAACUGAGAUGGAGUUCCUCUUAGCUCCUUCCACAUUUCAUGUGCAAUCAUUCCUGCUUAGAAGAACUGAAGGAUCCUCUUGUUGGUUGUCUUGGUUGUUUUUUAAAUCACUCUUCUUGUUUCUGCUGUGUCUUUCUCACAGGUGGAAAAGCAUCUCUGGGAAAUGAAUGGAGGGAAAAGCUGUGGUAGACAGAAUGCUCUUCCCCCAAAGGGAAGCUGUGGCUCUUAAAAUUCCAGACUUGCUGAUACUACAAGGAGUCUUGUCACAGUCAUGGAGUCCUUGUGCUAAGUGGCUGUGUCUUGGGCAUAGAGGGAUUAUAGAGAAAUGGGGACCCAGCUGAGAAAGGAGGAGCCUGUGUUGAGUAGGAUGAGAGCAGUAGCACCUAGGCUGCGGCUCAAGGGGAAUGUACUUUCCCCACGGGCCGCCAGAGAGCAGGUGUUACCUUGUGGGAUUCAGUGGCAAGAAAGUAUGGAAAGAACAAGCUAUUUUUCAUGUUUACUCUUGAAUGGGAAUCUGCUCUCAGACCUUUGGUGUUGCCUUAUCUCAGUGACAACAACCCAAGCCCAGUGCUAGGCCUUGCUGGAGAUAGGAGAGAAACAGAAAUCAGUCUUUGUGUGGGUGCUUUGGCAGCACCAGAGCCCCUUGAAGCUGGGAUUAAAGUGUUUGUGGAGGCUGCACCUUGAUAUCUCCUACAGUGGGAGGAGCUGCUCCCCUGGUACCAGCCCUUCCUGUACAUGGGUGUCUUUGGGCACUUUUAAUGCUCUGCAAGUCACAUUUUCAUUGCUAAGGUAUGACCCUUGUCCCUUGGGGCUUUCUGAUGAGCCCACAGCUGCAAUAUCUGGAUCUCCUAGUCCUGAAGUACAGCUUGUUGCUUUUUCUCCCCUCUCGUCCAUUUUUAGCUCCAUCGUUCUCUGCCUCUCUCUCCAAAUUGCUUCUUCCUUCUGCCCCCUCGAGAAGAGCAGUGCUGGGGCUCUUCUGCAGGACUCUGGCCCUGACCUCCUCCUGAAAUUACUUCCUUCCCUAAUUCUUAGGAAAUUAAAUUUGCAACAGACUUCUGUUGUGGUGGGAGGAAGGGACUUUACAGAUGAAAUGCAUUCUCUUUUUUUUUUUCUUAAGAAUCGUUUCAACAUUCUCUGAUUUAAGGCCAAACCAGUCAGUGUUUCUGUCUCACUCUGUGUUUGGUAUCCUUAGGGAGUGUUUGUCAUUAAAAAUCUUCCCUCUUGUGCCUGGAGGGGACUUUGCACAGUGAUCUCCCAAGGUGGUGGCUUGUGCCCUCUGCCCAGCCUUGCCUGACAGCCACCCUCCUAGUCAACCUCCACAAGAGGAAACCCAAAGGCAUGUGGGUGUGUGGGUUGGUGAGAGAGGCAAAGGGAGAGGCAGAUAUGCAUCAGAUCCUUAUUUUCCAGUGCUGAACUAAUUGAGGCGAGUGUUGAGGCUCCUUGGUCUGAAGUAGAACUUGACUGAACUAGGUGCUGAGAUUUGAGAAGGUAAGGACUAAUAAACCCUGUCCUGCCUCUGGGCUGGAACUGGGAUCAGACCACCAGAGCCAGCUGUGUCUGUUGGUUGUUGCAGCCAUGAGCAGUGAGGCCAUGUGCCUGCUGUGUCUCUGGGAGCAAAACUGGUGGAGGGAGGGAUAGCACCACCAGCCUUUUCCUGCAGGCCCCCCUCACAUCUGUGGGGUUUUUUUCCCCAAAACCUUUCCACCUUCAAAUUAAUUGGUGCAAAGGAGGGUCAGGUAGUAGGUGAAGCAGUGUGUGGCAUCCCCAAGCCCUGCUCUUUCUCUCUCUGCCUAUCUCUGUUCUUGCCUUUCUUUGUACUUCCUGCCUGAAAAAGGGAUUGUGUGCCUAUGCGUGGCUUUGGAGUGGGGAUCUCAUCUUCUUCUUUCACCCCAUGUGAAGGGAAGGAUGUAAGCUUUGGGGGACCUGCAUCAGGUGAGCUUGCUAAAGCAGAGGGAACAGGGCAGGUCAACUAUCUCUGUCCCUCUGGAGGACUGAGGGUAAUUCUGUACCCAAGUGACACUUAGUAAAGAUGAGGUGGUUUUGUGCCUGUGUGGUUGGUAUGAAGGAUGACACACUCGAGUCUGCUCUUGCUGUUGCUUCCUCUGAUCCCUGUGUCCUGCUGAGGUGUUUGCUGUUGUGCAGCUCAGGCCAGCCUGCUACUCGUGUCUGUGUGGCAGGUAAAUGAGGGCACUUUGUGGCCUCCAGGUAAUGUAUAAAUUGGGGUGGGGGAGAGUGUCAGUGCAGAACGGGUAUUUGUUCCCCUCCACCCUCCUUGAUGUAUCCUCAUGGGAUGCUAGUGUCUUUUUUCCCUCCCAAAUAUUCCCCAGACUCUGUCCCUGUCUCCUCACUCCUGCCAGCAAUCUCUGCAGCUGCUAUGCCUCUGCACUGUGAAGACGUGUGUCCAGGGUCAGUCCUGGUCCAAUUAGUGAACACUGGUGGUGAAGAGGGAAGGGAUGGCUCAUCCUGGCUUCACUGACCUCAAACUUUGGUGAGAAAGGAGGGAAGUGAGUGGGAAAAUGGAUCCUAAACCCUUACAUCGUUGUGUUCUCCCCACCUGCUCCCCCUGAAAAAAUCCCUCCCUUCUGAUUUCUGAGACAUUGGACAAACUCACCCUUAUUAUGGGAAGAGAGGAGGAGCUGGAGGUAAGGGAAUGGCAGGAGGGGCUUGGACCCAGCACCAACAAAGGAGAGCUGUUUCCAAUGCAGUACACUGACAAAGUGUUGGGGACUACAGAUAAUGCAUUAAGAAGGGAUCCGAAAUACUCUUGAGACUAAGAAUUCAAACCACUGUUUUUUCCUUCCUGUGUGGAUGAUGAUGCAGUAUCAUCCUGGAGAUGGUCCAGCAGCACUUCCAAGCCUGGGGUCUACCUGGACCUACUGCUGGUGUCGCCUCUGGGGUGGCCCCAGAAAAACCUGCUUUGGCAAAAGAAUGCCUGGACUUGCCAAAAAUAGAAGAAGAAGAAGAAAAAAAAUGUGUCUGCAAAGCUCCUUUCCACUCUGUAAUUUAUAAACAGCAAAUAAUAAUGAACUUUUUGUAAGGAUAAAUCAAAUGUACAUUCUGAAAUCAUUUUCUCUGUAAAUGGUUGGAUUUCAUUUCACCCUUAAAGGGAUGCUUAAAAGGAGGAGAUAAUAAUAAAAAUUAAAAAAAUUUACAAAGUAUGAAUGGAAA